AUGUUUAGGCUGCUGCAAGCGUGUUUUGGUGGCUCCGACAAGAAAAGUCGUCGAAAUCAUGACAUGGAUGACCAAGAAAUUGAAACUGACGAGUUUAUGGAAAUGAAUCAUCAACACCCAAUCGGAAUAAAUCAUGAUGACCACCACCAUAUGGAAACAAUUCAAUCCUACGCAAAUUCUUCUCCAAACCAACAACAAACCAACAACAACAACUCACAGGCCUAUUAUUAUAUAAAAGACAAACAUUCCACGAUGAUGACCUCUCCCAACUACGUGCCAUCACCGACCCAUAUGGAUGACAUUUCUAACUGUUUCAAUCUCUCUCCCAUCAAAUUAAAUCAAAAUGUUAAAGAAUAUACCACUGAUGAAUACAAACAAUUAUGGAAACAAUUUGGAGAUGGACAUGUCACACUAGAAUAUUCAAUUAUUUUUCAUCAUGACUCAUCCAAUACUCCUCCUCCUUGUGAAGAAUUCAAAUCCUAUUUAGAUCAUACAUUGGAAUCAAAUUUUAUUUACACUUUGGCAUCUGGAGUGAAUCAUCAUGUCAUUACGUUUUAUAAUUAUUGUGAAAGUUUGAAUAAUAUUACUUAUUUAAUUGAAUCUCAAGUCAAUUAUGAUACUCGACUUGCUAAAGUGAGGAUAAAAUAUAGUAGCAAUAGUGAAUUGACCAAUUUUGUAAAUCAUUUUGAGAAGAUUACUGCAAGCUAUUUUACAAGAAUUAAAUAA